AUGGAGAAUAUGAAGACAGAGUUGAUGGCUUUGUGGGAUGGGUUUGCUACAGACAAGAAUGCGAGGGUGAUGGUUCUUGGUGCAACAAACAGACCUUCAGAGCUGGAUGAAGCGAUCUUGAGGCGUUUCGCUCAGGCUUUUGAGAUAGGGAUGCCUGACGACAAGGAGAGAGCUGAGAUAUUGAGAGUUGUUUUGAAAGGAGAGAAGGUGGAGGAGGGUAUAGACUAUGAUCUUGUAGCGAGGUUAUGUGAAGAGUAUACAGGAUCAGAUAUCUUUGAGCUUUGCAAGAGAGCAGCUUACUUCCCUAUCAGAGAGAUACUAGAGGAGGAGAGAAAGGGCAGGAAAAUUCCGGUGCUUAGAGCGUUGACACAAAUGGACUUGGAGACGGUUCUUGCUACCUCAAAGAAAACACAGGUUGCUGCAAGCGAGUACUCUGGUUCAAGGUUGCACAGUUCGGUUUAG